AUGAGGAGGCUGGAGAAGAAGGCGGCUCAGGCGUCAGCGGAGGGCUGGGCGGCGGAGGUGGCGAGGGCCGAGGAGCUCUACGAGGAGCUGCGCGAGCGCGCGCCCCAGCACUGCCGCCGUGGCGGCAAGUGGGCGCGCGAGAAGUUCGUGAUGGCGGUGCAGGGAGAGUUCCCGCGCGCGCGAGGGGCAGGCGUUCCCAAGGGGACGGUCCUGUGCCUCGGCAGGGUGCUCGACGCGCACGAUGAGCAGGAUGACGCGGAGGGUGGGCACCGGGACUGGGAGGAGGACCCGCUCGGGUUCGACACCAACCCGAUGCUGCUCCGCGCCAUGUGCAUGGCGUUCGAGUGA